CAACCACCUGGGAAGGAAGUAGAAAAGGAGAACCAGCAACAGUCACAACAUUUCCUUCACAUCUCACUGUUGGGACACAAGGGACUGAGCUGAGAGCAGCUGCAUGCAGGGAGACGGCCACCGAGGAGGAGCUUUUUCAGCCACAGUCUAAUAACACAGAGGGGUUAGCAGUGGCCACCAUGGGUUCUGUGAGUUCCCGAGAUCACAAGGCAGAGGCCCAGGUGGUGAUGAUCGGCCUCGACUCAGCCGGCAAGACCACGCUCCUGUACAAACUGAAGGGCCACCAGACGGUGGAGACCCUGCCCACGGUUGGUUUCAACGUGGAGCCUCUCGAAGCGCCGGGGCAGGUGUCCCUGACUCUGUGGGAUGUGGGGGGGCAGACCCAGCUCCGGCCCAGCUGGAAGGACCACCUGGAAGGCACAGAUGUCCUCGUGUUUGUGCUGGAUAGCACCGAUGCAGCCCGCCUGCCCGAGGCAGUGGCCGAGCUCACGGAAGUCCUGGACGACCCACACAUGGCCAGCGUCCCUUUCCUGGUACUGGCCAACAAGCAGGAGGCGCCGGCUGCCCUGCCGCUGCUUGAGAUCCGAGAGAGGCUGGGCCUAGAGAGGUUCCGGGACCGCAGCUGGGAGCUCCGGGCCUGCAGCGCCCUCACCGGCGCGGGGCUGCCGGAGGCCCUGCAGAGCCUGAGGAGCCUCUUGAAAUCCCGCGGCCGCUGUGUGUCCACGUGAGCGCAGGCGCGGGGCGGGGUUGGGGGCGGGGAAGGGGGGAGGAGCAAGAAGACUGGAUCCCCGCAGAGCAGAGCAGGUGUCUGUGGUUCCUUGAGAAUCUGAAGCUCAGUUUAUCAAACGAGAAGUCCUUCUGUGCUUGGACAGGAUAUUUUCCUCUUGGGGCUUGUUGUCACUAGUGUUAAUGUUGAAAAUCAACUCUUCUUUGAAUAAUAAUACUCGAAGGGGAAAAAAAUGCCUCCACACACUUCAUUUAGUAACUCAUGACCAAGGGUGAACUGAGCAAUUGUACUAAUACAAUAAUGAAUAAUAGUUGCAUGGCAAUUAAGACCUAAAUUCAUACAGGGAAAGAGGUUUCAAAAUCAGAUUAGAAUAUCAUCUGGACAUGGUCACAAUCUUAUGAGUGAUUUUUCCCAGGGAGCCCCUGGGUACAUGCUGAGAUCACUCCGAGUGCAAGCAGCCAGGGCCAGCAGAAUUGAGUAGGUGACUCUGCCCCACAGAAUCUUGGGUUUGGAAGUUCACAGCGGGCAUUGAGCCCUGGGCACGAGGGUGGUGUUAAGACCUUCCAAAAUUUAUCCUUUUCUCUGAUCCUGGUUAAUUCCUCUCUACUUUUUUUUUUUUUAAGUUUAUUUACUUUGAGAGAGAGAGACAGAGAGAGAGAA